AAAGGCGUCGCCCCACUCCGCCAGAGUGAGCUGCCUUUACCAGAGACUCUUUGACGUCGGUGUAGAGGAGAACAGUCAUAAAAAUGCGUGAGUGUAUUUCAAUGCAUGUGGGCCAGGCUGGAGUCCAGAUGGGCAAUGCCUGCUGGGAGUUGUAUUGUCUGGAGCAUGGUAUCCAGCCUGAUGGUCAGAUGCCCAGUGGCAAGACGCUUGGAGGAGGAGAUGACUCCUUCAAUACGUUUUUCAGUGAGACAGGAGCAGGGAAACAUGUGCCCAGAGCUGUGUUUGUGGACCUGGAACCAACUGUCAUAGAUGAGGUGCGCACUGGGAUUUACAGACAGCUAUUUCACCCUGAACAGCUGAUCUCUGGGAAGGAGGAUGCUGCCAAUAACUAUGCUCGUGGGCACUACACAGUUGGGAAAGAGAUCAUUGAUGUCGUCCUUGACAGAACUCGUAAACUUGUGAGUACGAGUCAGACUAUCUGUCGUAUUAAACAAAGUGCUUUCAUUAAGUUAACUUGUUUCCUCAUUCUCCAGGCUGACCAGUGCACAGGGCUGCAGGGCUUCCUGAUCUUCCACUCAUUUGGAGGAGGCACCGGCUCUGGCUUCACCUCUCUGCUGAUGGAGCGUCUCUCAGUCGACUACGGCAAGAAGUCCAAAUUGGAAUUUGCAGUUUAUCCAGCUCCACAGGUGUCCACUGCUGUGGUGGAGCCCUACAACUCCAUCCUGACCACCCACACCACUCUGGAGCACUCCGACUGCGCCUUCAUGGUGGACAAUGAGGCCAUCUACGACAUCUGCCGCAGGAACCUGGACAUUGAGCGUCCAACUUACACCAACCUCAACAGGUUGAUCGGGCAGAUUGUGUCCUCCAUCACUGCCUCUCUGCGCUUCGAUGGUGCUUUGAAUGUGGAUCUGACAGAAUUUCAGACCAACCUGGUGCCCUACCCUCGUAUCCACUUCCCUCUAGCCACUUAUGCUCCAGUCAUCUCUGCAGAGAAGGCCUACCAUGAGCAGCUAACUGUUGCUGACAUCACAAAUGCUUGCUUUGAGCCAGCCAAUCAGAUGGUCAAGUGUGAUCCCCGCCACGGCAAAUACAUGGCUUGCUGUCUUUUGUAUCGUGGAGAUGUUGUUCCUAAAGAUGUCAACUCUGCCAUUGCCACCAUUAAAACCAAGCGCUCCAUCCAGUUCGUAGACUGGUGUCCCACUGGGUUCAAGGUUGGCAUCAACUACCAGCCACCCACAGUGGUGCCAGGAGGAGACCUGGCUAAAGUGCAGCGUGCAGUCUGCAUGUUGAGCAACACCACAGCCAUCGCUGAGGCCUGGGCACGUCUGGAUCACAAGUUUGACCUGAUGUACGCUAAGAGGGCCUUUGUGCACUGGUACGUGGGAGAGGGCAUGGAGGAGGGUGAGUUCUCUGAGGCCAGAGAGGAUAUGGCUGCCCUGGAGAAAGAUUAUGAAGAGGUGGGCUUGGACAGCGUUGACGGAGAGGAAGAGGGAGAAGAGUAUUAAAACAUGAAAACAGUUCAGCGUCAUUUGCAGACACAUUCCGAAGUUAUGUCCAGUUUUCAAACUGAAUAAACGAGUCUAAACAA